AUGAUUGUUCAACUUCCUUUACUUAUCAUAAUGCUACUAAAAUUAAUUGAAUCCCAAAAAGUAUUGGAAUUCUCUUCAUUUACAGAUGAUACAUUCACAAAUUUUGAUGGUAUUUUAAUUACUAGAAAUGAGGUUGGAAUUUAAUUGUUGUUUAAUAAUAAGGAUCUGGAAUUGAUAAGCCUCCUUCAUUAACUUAAAGUUAUUUUGGGUUUAAUUCAGUAUUUUGGGAUCGCUCUAAGAAUAUUUUUGAUCAAUAUUCAAGUGAUUCUGUAUUUUAAGGAAUGAUUAGAUAUUAUAAUAAUCUCAAGCCUCAUAAAGCAUUGUUUGUUACUUUUUCGAUUUAUAUGUAUAUUAAGAACUAAAAAAAUAGACUCAAUACACAAAUUAGCCCUACUGGAAAUUGCUCUAUUAAUUUGUUUAUAGAUGGAUAAAGAAAAUUCUAAGUUUGGCCUAUAUUUAGUCAAUCUUAAAAGGAAAUAAAAUAAAAUUUGGAAUUGACAAUAAGGCAUACUGCUUCGUCUAUAUUUAUUUAAUUUUCUAGUAAAGCAAUUGAUACUGAUGUAUGUAUUCGACUAAAAAAUUAGAAAGUAACUUUUGGUAUAAGGGAUUUUUAUUUAUAUUCAAUCCCAUGUCCAAAUAAUUGUAUACAUUGUAAAGUAACCGAUACACAAGAAUAUGAAUGUAUAGAUUGGUAGCUCUCUUCAGAAUCUUUGGUAGAAAUAGACAGAAAUCUAUUUAAUAGUGAUGGCUGGACAAUCAUUUAAGCAUCUCCAAGCAUCAAAAUUCACAAAUCAACUGAUUGUAGUAGUGAAAGUAAUAUUCAUUUAUAUAAAGACAUAAAUUCAAUGCAAAUUCUUGGAUACUUGGAAAUGGGAGACUAAGCCAGAAAAACUUUUAUCUUAGAACCCCAUUACAGAAUUAAAAUAUAAUAUUUGCAUAUAGUACUUUAAUAAGCAUUCGCCCCUUCAACAUUUUGGUAAGGGUAGUUAAAUGGCAAGACAGAAUAUUUAAUCGGAUAUACAACCUAUGACAAAAGUCCUUCAUAUUGCUCCAGACUUAUUGAUAGAACUCGAGGGGAUCUUAUUUCAUAAGUUGAAUUUGAAUCUUUUCAUCAAGACACCAUAUUUGAGUUUUCAUCAUUUCCCAAUUAAUCAUUUAAGGGAUGGAAAACUAAGUGGGGUAUUCGUAACUUUUAGGUGUUGAUUAAAAAAUGCCAUCCAAAUUGCUAAUAUUCUUGUACAGGUCCUAAAGAGAGCUAAUGUCAAAAUAUUAAGUAUCCUAAAUUUACUUUAAUUGCCAACAAUCUGAAAUUAAUUACAUUCAGUGAUGAUGAGGAUUGGUAGGUAGUGUCAACAUUUCAAUUUUCUUAACCAAAUGAAUGUAAUAAUUAAGCUUUACUUGGCGGAUAUAACAAUUUAUAAGGUAAACAUUUGCUUUAAAGUGUAUAUGAUUUGAAAACACAUAUUAAAAUAGGUGUAUCAUUUAAAAUCUACUACAUUGAUUAAUUCAAUAAUGAUAUUUUGUUUGUAAGUGUAGAUGGAAAGAUUGUGUAUUAAUAUGCAAUACCUUCAACAGUUGAUUCAAGAAAAGAUAUGCCAUAUUGUGGUGUGUAUGCUCAAAUUGAUUAAGUAAUGAAGAUCAGUAUUGUAUCUAUUCCCCAUACAAGAUCUUAAGUAAUCAUACAAAUUUAUACAAAUUAACCAGAUACAUCAACUGGUAAAUUUAAUUUAAAUAAUCUUAGCUUAUUGGGGUAUAAGAGAAUUCAUAUUAACAGUAAAUGGAUUUCCUUACCUGAAAAAUUUGAAUGAUGUAAAGUUUUCCAAUAAUAACAUAUCACCUUGGAAGAUAAUUUUAAAAAAUUCACCAAUUUGGUAAUGUGGUUCUAAGUCAUUCAUUGGAGGAUCAAAUGCAUUAGAUAAAGAUUCAUAUUUAUUGAAAAAGUUUCAAAAUUUACCUUCACAUGUUCAAAUAAGAAUAAGUUUUUCUAUUUUGAUAAUUUAAACUUCGCUUAGGCAGACUUAAUUUAUUUUAACAUAAAAAAUUAACGAUUUAUAAAAAUAAGAUUAUAUUCUAAUUUAAGAUCGCAAAUUUUGUGGAGGUACAGAAUACACUCAUCUGUUUAAAUUUGAUUAUAUUUUGGAUAAUUAGGAUGAGGAAAUCUUCUUACUAGUCUAAAUCGAAGAUAUGAAUGCUGGUGAAUUUUGGGGAUUAAGAGAUUUCUCCUUAUCAUAUAAUGAUGUCAAAAAACCAUGA